CUCCGCCGCCUCGCCCGUGCCCCCCCUCCUCCUCUCGCCGCCCGGCAUGGAAGGCGGCGGGGGCGGCCCUGAGGGGAUCGGCCUGGAUAAAAUGUUCAACAGUUCGUUGGCAACUUUCUUCAGAAGAAUAAUUUCUACUGCUCUGCUCUUGCCAUAAUAUCAGAGUUCUGUGACCUACACAUCCGUGCUAAACAUCAGCUGAGAAUCCUGGUUUGUUCCUUCUGUGUAGAUGGAACAGGCAUCGGUCAUGAGAACCCACCCUGAUUUAAAGCUGCUUGCUUGGUUUUCUGGGAUUAAAGGUGCUUAAUGAAUCAGGCCCCCCCAGAUGAGUCAAACAGCCAAUUCUUGCCAACAGUUGGUUGAAAACUGUGCUGUGCAUGUAGCAGGUAUGGCGCAAGAGGACAGUCGCCGUGGUCAAGUGCCACCCACAUUUUAUCAUGGUGCCAGCCAGGAACUCGAUCUGUCCACCAAAGUAUACAAGAGAGAGUCAGGAAGUCCUUACCCAGUGUUGGUGGACAGCAAAAUGAGCAAACCACAUCUCCAUGAAAGAGAGGAGCAGCCGUAUUUCAGGGAGAACAGAUCAGUAGGAGAAGUCCGGGCUGUGAAAGAAGAUAGAGAAAACUCUGACGACUCUGAGGAGGAGGAAGAGGAGGAAGAUGAAGUGACUUACAAAAGGGAGCAGAUUAUAGUAGAGGUAAACCUUAACAACCAAACAUUAAAUGUAUCAAAAGGGGAGAAGGGUGUCCCCUCCCAGUCCAAAGAGACUGCUGUUCUUAAGACCAGCAGUGAGGAAGAGGAGGGUGACAGUGGGGAAGAGGCCACUGAAGACAGUAAUGAUUAUGAGGAAAAUGAGAGGCAGAAGAAAAAAGAGAAAAGAGUGGAAAAAGUUAGUGUUGCACAAAGGAGAACAAGGAGAGCUGCAUCUGCUGCAGCAGCCACAACUUCCCCAUCACCCAGAACUACAAGGGGUCGUAGAAAGAGUGUGGAGCCCCCCAAGCGUAAGAAGAAAGCUGCAAAGGAGCCCAAGGCACCUGUGCAGAAAUCAAAGUGUGAAGAGAAGGAGACUUUAACCUGUGAGAAGUGCCCCAGGGUGUUUAACACACGCUGGUACCUGGAGAAGCACAUGAACGUCACUCACAGGCGCAUGCAGAUCUGCGACAAAUGUGGGAAGAAAUUUGUUCUAGAAAGUGAGCUGUCCCUUCACCAGCAAACAGACUGUGAAAAAAAUAUCCAGUGUGUUUCCUGUAAUAAGUCUUUCAAGAAACUCUGGUCCCUCCAUGAGCAUAUCAAGAUUGUCCAUGGAUACGCAGAAAAGAAAUUCUCUUGUGAGAUAUGUGAAAAGAAGUUCUACACCAUGGCCCAUGUGCGGAAACAUAUGGUUGCACACACAAAGGACAUGCCUUUCACAUGUGAAACCUGUGGGAAAUCAUUCAAACGCAGUAUGUCUCUCAAGGUACAUUCCCUACAGCAUUCUGGAGAGAAGCCUUUCAGAUGUGAGAACUGUGAUGAGAGGUUUCAGUACAAGUAUCAGCUGCGUUCCCACAUGAGCAUCCACAUCGGGCACAAGCAGUUCAUGUGCCAGUGGUGUGGCAAAGACUUCAAUAUGAAACAGUACUUUGAUGAGCACAUGAAGACACACACUGGAGAGAAGCCCUUUAUCUGUGAAAUCUGUGGGAAAAGCUUCACCAGCCGCCCAAACAUGAAGAGACAUCGCCGAACUCACACAGGGGAGAAGCCCUACCCAUGUGAUGUCUGUGGCCAGCGAUUUCGCUUCUCCAACAUGCUCAAGGCACACAAGGAGAAGUGCUUCCGUGUUACCAGCCCUGUUAACGUGUCAUCUGCUGUCCAGAUCCCACUGUCCACAACUUCUGCCUCCACAGUUCCUGCUGUAGUGAACGCACCCACCGCCCCAACCCCACCAAUCAACCUGAACCCAGUGAGCACGCUUCCUCCACGCCCCAUUCCCCAUCCGUAUUCACAUCUUCACCUACAUCCUCAUCCUCACCAUCCACAUCAUCUUCCAGUUCCCCCCGUGCCCCAUUUACCCCCUCCUCCUGCUCUUUUUAAGAGUGAGCCUUUAAAUCACAGGGGUCAGAGUGAGGACAGCUUUUUGCGACACCUGGCAGAAAAAAACAGUUCAGCACAGCACCACUAACAUCUUUGCUUCCUGCCAGCUAUUUUCCCACUUUAUGCACAUGGAAACAUGCCCUCAUGGAAGUGCAGAGGGUUAGUUGAUGAGGACUUUCGUCUCUCUCGUAGCCCCAGCAGAUGGUCCCGAUUUUUCCUUUGAAUCAUUUAGCAAACAAGGAAAUCCUGUUUUGGAUCAGCAGUGCUCAUUUGAACCUGGGAACCAACAGGACUUAACCCCGAUUUGCUUGUGUUUUCCUGGUGACUUUUAUAAAUUUCGGAUACUGAGACUUGUGGAAUUUUAUAAUUUCAUAUCAGCUGAUGAGGUAUGCUUGCUUUUAUAUCCUGGACUUCUCCUCAAAGAGGAGAGAGGCCUGGUUUUCUUUGUACUAAUCGGAAAGGCUGUGAGAUUAAUACAGAGCAUUAAUUGUAUCACUGUGUAUCGUAAUGGAUUCUUUUCAGCUUUUGGUGCCGGCUAUGGAGUGAGCCAGCCACGUAUCACGGUAUAUUUGAGCAUUAUAAAGAAAGACAAAAAAAUUUCUUGUUUGUGUAGCUCUCCUAACACACUCUUUAUUUUACUACAGAAAUUAUUUUAGAGUUUUUUGUAUAGACCUAUUUAGUAGUCAGUUUCUAAAAUGAAAUGUAUUUCAAUAAGCGGUGUAAUUUUUUCAGUGUAGCUGGACCUAUGUUGUAUAAUAGAUAAAUUUUUAUAAUCAUCAAAAUGUGAUUCUUAAAAGAUGCAUAUAGCUUCUAUAGUUAAAGUUAUUCUUACGACCUUACAACCUAAAACAACAAAAGGUGCUUCAGAGAAGAAAGGAAUCCAAGAGGUCUCUGGAAAGGUUGCCUCAAAAGUGAUGUUGAUUUCAGAACUUUAUGUAAUUUAUUUUAGUAGGUUGGUGGGGUUGUUUUGUUUUGUUUCGUUUUUCUACCUUAAGUUUCCCUUUCCACAGUUUCUGUUAAGAGUUUAUGGAGAAGGAUGUUGAGAUACUGUAUUCUCCCUCCUCAAAUUUCAUGAAAUUCAACUGGAGUCAGCUGUGAAAUGGGCUGGAAAGGGAGUAUUUCAAGUCAACCAAGCAUCUUUAUGUAGGAGAGCCUGUUUUAAUGGCUUUUCAUGGUAUGAUUUUAAGCUGGGGAUCCUCUCAAAUGCUGCUCUUCAGAUUGCUUUUUGGAAUUCCUGGAGUUAGGAGAGGGUAAUUAAGUGAAAUCAUAAAUGCAGUGUUUCUGACUGGUUGAUUGUAAGAGUGAGCAGUUUGGAUGAGACAACGGUGUUUCAGUUGCAUUGUGAAGACAGCUGACAGCAGUGUAUGUGCCAUGGGAAGCUCCAUCCCAUAAAUAUACUGUGCAUGAAAAUAUGGGAUGAUUUCUAGGAGUUGUAGUCAUAUGUUUGGCAAAUCUAAGUUCUACAGUUGUAGGAUAGGAAGCUUUGAAUUGUAGGCAUGUCACUGUUCCAUAAUCCUGGGAGGCAAUGAGGAGGAAAUUGACAAGUAGUGCAGGGAUGGUGGGCUGGAAUGCCAAAUGUGUAUGUUUUAACCAUCAAGUAGCUAUUAAUUUGUUCAGGUUUGUAUUUCUCUUCAACUAAAACUAAGUAUAGCAGCAUUAUGCAAUGUAGCAGAUUGUUGCCACCUUCAAUGAAGACAGAUGCUCAAGGCAAUGCACUGCAAGUUCUCAUUUCUUUCAAAUUUGUACUCUUCUGAGCUGCUUUUUAAAUUAAAUCCCACCAAACUCUAGAUCCAGAGAUCCUCUAGACAUAUGUCUACCAUACCAUUCUGCUUACUAACGAACUGGGGUUUUGUGGCUGAUGGGAGUACAUUUUUUCAGUCUCCACGAUAGCAGAAAUGGUGGGAGUUCCUCUUCCUGUUACUUCCUUGAAGUUAACGCUUUUAAGCACUGUGUUUUGAAACACUAUGUCCUCUGUCUGUCAAGAAUUAGUUCCUUAGUUGAUGUUUUUCACGAUCUCCUACCAUCUAAUCAUUAAUAUUUUUUUCAUAACAUGCAUAGCAAACUGUAGGAACCAGGAAGGGCAGUUUUGGCCCAACAAACCUACGCGUUUUUGACUGAGCUGAAACCCCUUCCAGCAUUUCUGAGAAAUAAAACAAGGUGUUUUUUCAAUGUUUUCUCUACAGUAUUUAUAUACACUCUCUUAUCUUCUAGGCAAAAAAGAAAAAAGCCAACAAAAGUGAAUUUACACUCGUGAUGACAACUGUUGUAUUUACUGUGGCUGGUCCGCCCCAGAGGUUCUAUGCAUUCCAUGUCACGUUUGCACCCUACAUUUCUGUUGUGCCACUAUUUUACGGUCAGGCCCAUUAUUAAAUGAUUUUUAAAUGCUAAAAAUCAGUUGUAUUCCGUUUUUGCAAAAUGACCUUCUCAAUAAAUUUACCACAUUAGGCUGCUAUUCAGAAUUCUGAAAUUUGGAACACAGGUCUUUUCUGUUUAGUUCAUAGCAAUGAUCCCUUCUGUUUUUCUUCCAAGACUUACCAAACUUAGGAAUCCCUUCCUGUGGAAGAAGAUUAAACUUUCUAACCAGUUUCACAGUCUGUCAUGUCAACAGAUUCUCCUCAUUGUCUGGGACAGACGUAGUGAAAGCUGACAGACUGGUCUAGGAGUGUUGCAAUGUGGGAUUUGAUGAAGUACAUCUUUUACCGAAAAAGGAAAGUGGGUGUUACAAAAGUCUGGAAAUUAAAGGGUAAGGUUUGCUGAGGCUUUUCACUCCUGCUUUGAUUUGCAUAAGUAUGCACACCUACAGAAUUUGUGCAACACUAAGGAAUGUAUUCAAGUGCGUUUACUACUUUUUGCAUGUUAACAAGCUAGGAAUAAUAUUUUGUAUGAGCUUUAUUACAUUUGGUUAGCACAUGAGCUUGGUUUGUGUUACUGAAGUGCUUUCUUCGAGAAGAGCAAGGACAAAUAACCCCAACUUCAGGUUUGAUUUGAAUGUUUUUGGAAGGUGAGACUGGCUUCUCCAUUAGUUUUCCAAAGCAUCCUACAGCCUAAGGGGAACUUCAUUUUUGAAAUGACAUUUUUAAGGGGAAGAAUUCAACAGAACUAAUAUUGCAGUCUGGACAUGGGGCUGUUCAAAGGACUGUCUUUUCUAAAAGCUGCUAGUCCUGCAGACAGUGCCUUUUCCUUACUAAGGGCACUGGCUGUGUGGGCUUGUUUAUUCAGUGUGCUAUCUCAGGCUCAUUUACCUUCCUAGGUGAAGGUGUGGUGAUUAUCUGUUUUGUAUUGACUUGCCUGUCUGAGUUAUUGGCUCUCCUAUGUACACAGCGUGGAUGCUUGGUAGAUGAUCUAAUUUGUAUUGCUGUGCACAUCAAAAGUUACUGUCACCCACCUUGUGUUCCCAACCACAUCUCAAAUUAUGGGCUUUUAAAAGAGUGCUUUGAGCUGAAUGUGGGCUCUUAUCACUGGGAGAUUAGUUGUAUCUCAGCACUGCAAUCCCUUUGGAUAUUUUUGCCUUUGCCCCCUACAUCUCUUGAGCAUGUAAUAGCAAUUUUCAGUGUAUUGGAGAGAAGGCAAAACUCACCAGUAUGCAGUUUAAAGACAGUGCUUCCCUUUGAUACUUUCAGUCUGUUUUAAACAGGUUAACUGAAAGAUUUCUCCCUGAGCUGAAAAGACUGCUAUUUUUGUAAUUUAUUUACUGACUGCCUGUUUCUUUGCACUAUAGUGGCCUACAGCGUGACCAUUAUGGGGCUGAGUACCAUUUUGUUAGGAGGUGGAGAGUCUCUUGUGCAGAGCUGUUUCUAUUCUUGCAAAGGUAGUGUUGCAUUGACACAUUCUGGUUUGAUUAUGAAUUGCAGAGUACGUAGGCCUUUGAGAAAACAAUAAAAGAAUAAGCAAUGUGCAAAUACAGCGCUGGAAAACACUAAAUAAUGUCAAACUUCUUUUUUCUUUUCUCUUGGGACUUGACCUCAGGGUUGUAAAAUGUUUCAGUCAUUGUUUUAUGCUUUCGUAUUUCUAUUAACUAGCAGUAUUAAAAAAGAAAACCCACCACCAUGA